ACACAUACUCGCUUCAGUAGUAAUGUCUGACAUAACUGCGUCGGUCAAAAAAUGGCUUCAGGUUUUGAUGUUGUAUUUGAUAAAAUGUGAAAUUCUGGAAAACCGUUAAAUCGUAUUGAAUAAUUACAAGAUAUAAGUAUUAAAAGUUUUCAUAUCAAAAGUAUACUCCAAAUAUGAGUUUAUCCGUGAUUUCAUUGAUGACAGUUUUGUUGUUUAUAUUCAGUAUCCCUAAAUGCAAGGCUUCAGCGAAGAUCUGUAUAUUUGCAUGUCCGGGUAAAUCAUGUCCAUACGGCUAUGUCCCUGCAGGCUGUCCACGUUGUCAAUGUGCUCCUAAUCCAUGUUUGUUUACAAAAUGUCCCUCCGGUUUUUCCUGUACGUCUAUUCCACAAAGAUGUCCACAUUUCCAAGAGACAUGUCCACACAGAGCUCAUUGUGUGUCUGAUGUAUCAAAAGGAGAGCAGCCCUGUGGUUGUACUGAUGAGUUUAAACCUGUCUGCGCUACUAACUUUAUAGACGGCACCGUCAACUUUGCAAAUGAGUGUAACAUGAGAUGUAGUCUAAACCAUUACAUAAAGUUCGAGGAUGGAUUCUGUCAUUGUGACUGUCCAGAUUACUAUGAUCCCGUAUGUGGCGUUGAUCAAAAUGGCGAAGUGUCUUUUGUAAACAACUGCUGGAGAGCCUGCAAUGGCGUCCCUCUUCAGCACGAGGGUAUGUGUGACUGUAAUUGUCCUGUUACAGAGCAGCCCGUAUGUGGAAAUGACGGACAGACAUACAUAAAUGAGUGCGUCAUGGGUUGUGUAGGCGUAACUAAAGUAAAGAAUUCUGCAUGCUGAAGACUGGUAUGAGUAACGUACGCUAUAAGAGUACAUCUUAAAAGAUACGACAUUGAACAAGACUUUGUAACAUUUCAUGUUUAAAUGUGUCAAUAUAGUACUAUAUAUCUACUAUCAUCAUUAAAUAAAAAAAUGUAAAUAAAAAGGUCAAGUUUUGAUAAUA